AUGCUGAGUCACCCGCCCAGCUCUCCGCCUCAGGCUCCUAAGCAGCUCCCCAAGGCAGUCAAGCUCCGCGCGGCCAACGAGGAGGUUCUACUGGGUAUCACUGGCAAGGACUUUGUCCUUCUGGCAGCGUCUAAGGCCAUCAUGAGGGGUCCGACUAUUAUCAAGGCCGAGGACGACAAGACACGACAGCUGAGCAAGAACACCCUUAUGGCUUUCUCGGGAGAGGCAGGAGACACCGUACAAUUUGCGGAAUACAUCCAAGCCAACAUCUCGCUUUAUACGAUGCGAAAUGGCACCGAGCUGGGCCCGAACGCAGUGGCCAACUUUGUCCGAGGAGAAUUGGCACAGAGCUUGCGAUCGCGCAGUCCGUACACUGUCAACCUGUUGCUGGCUGGCGUGGACUCUAUCUCCCAAAAGCCCUCGCUAUUCUGGAUCGAUUACCUGGCCUCGUUGGCCCCCGUUCCCUACGCAGCUCACGGAUACGCCCAAUACUACUGCUUGUCGACCCUCGAUAAACAUCACCAUCCCGAUAUCACGCUCGAACAAGGCCUCAAACUCCUAGAGAUGUGCACGGACGAGCUGAAGCGCAGACUACCGAUCGACUACAAAGGAGUCCUAGUCAAGGUCGUAACCAAGGAUGGCGUGAGGGAGCUGGACUUUGAUAAUGACAGGAUCGUCAAGAUUUGUCUUGUUUGCACCCCACCGCCCAUCGCGUUUUCGCCGGUUUCGAUUCCCGCGCCGGUUCCCUCUUUCAAUCCCCUUCACCAAAUCAUGAUGCCCAAGAGACAAGCGGAGUUGUCGCUGGAGGAAGACCUCCCGGCAGGCUCUCCUGCAUCCAAGAGAGUCCGCGUGGAGGAUGAAGCCUCCGAACAAGAAAACCCGAGCCACGGGGCCCUACCGCUGCGCCGAGCCAGUGGACAAGAGACCGAACAGCACGAGCGCAAUGAAGAGAACAUCCUUGCUGCAGCCGAUCAGGAGCAAGAGGUGCUAGCCGAAGCAGCACAGAAAGAGGAGAGUGAGUCCUCCGACGGCGACGAGGAGGACGACAAGCCGGUGAUCGCGGCUCCGCAACGCCAAUCGCAACCCAUAGAGGGCUACAGCGACCUGUACCUCGACACCAUUAAUCGCGGCAUCCUCGAUUUCGAUUUCGAAAAGCUGUGCUCAGUCAGUCUGUCCAACAUCAACGUAUAUGCCUGUCUCGUGUGUGGCAAAUAUUUCACAGGCCGAGGACCCAAAUCGCAUGCCUACUUUCAUGCUCUUGAAGUCGGACACCAUGUCUUCAUUAACAUGGGCACCAAAAAGGUCUACGUUCUCCCGGAGGGAUACGAAGUCCAGAAUAAGAGUUUGGAGGAUAUCAAAUACGUGGUGGACCCUUAUUACACCAAAGAAGAGGUCUCGAAAUUGGAUAAAGAGGUCCACGAUGCGUUCGAUCUGGCUGGGGCCCGCUAUAGACCAGGCUUCGUGGGAAUGAACAACAUUAAGGCGAACGAUUAUUUUAACGUGGUGGUUCAGCUCUUGGCCCAUGUUUUCCCGGUUCGCAAUUACUUCCUGCUCCAUGAUUUCCCAGCGCUGGGAACGCCACAAUUAGUCCAUCGCUUCAGCACCCUCGUGCGGAAAUUAUGGAAUCCCAAGGCCUUCCGAUCCCAUGUCUCGCCGCAUGAACUAUUACAGGAGAUCGCUAUCCGAUCAUCGAAACGUUUCACCCUCACCCAACAGUCCGACCCUGUAGACUUCCUGUCAUGGUUCCUCAACAACCUACAUUUAGCCCUCGGAGGUUCCAAAAAACCCUCGAAGAACCCAACGAGUGUGAUUCAGGCCGCUUUCCAGGGUCACCUGAAGAUCGAAAGUCAAGCGAUCACGGCUCAUUCUGAUACCCAAAAUGCCCGUCUGGUCUUCACCGAGUCUGGCACCAUCAACAGCCAAACUAUCCCCUAUCUUAUCCUCACUCUGGAUUUGCCGCCGACUCCUCUAUUCCAGUCCUCCAAUCGCGAAUCCAUCAUUCCCCAGGUCCCGUUGACCACUCUCCUGAACAAAUACAACGGAAUCACAGCCUCGGAGAAACUCGCUCAUCGAGUUCGGCAUCGUCUCCUCCAUCCCCUCCCGCCUUACCUCUUCUUCCACAUCAAGCGAUUCAGCCAGAACCGGUUCGUCUCAGAGCGGAACCCCACGAUCGUUACCUUCCCGUCCCCUCGCUCCCUCGACAUGUCUCCCUACGUCGAACCUAAACCAGAGAUCUGGCCGCCAGGCGAGCCGAUCCUCUAUGACCUUGUGGCCAACAUCAUUCUUGACCCCACGGUGGCCGCCCCUGGAGCAACCGACGAGGCGGCAGCAGAUAAGGGCGUCAACGCGGCCGGCGGGUCAUCGUCUUCGGGGGCCGGCGGAGGCAGCGAAAAGGUUGCCUGGCUCGUUCAGCUGCACGAUAAGGCGAUGGAGGCGGAGAACACCCGGCACCAAACCCAGCAUGCUGGAGAGCAGCGGGGACCGGAAUGGUUGGAGAUUCAAGAUCUGUUUGUGAAGCGAGCCGAAAGUGAGACUUUGUUCACCAGGGAAGGAUAUUUGAUGGUCUGGGAGCGCCGAAAGGUUCCGGGCAUGUCGAAUCGAAAGGGCAAAGCUGCUGCCAAAUAA